UGCCCCCUCUCUCUUCUUCCCUGCUCAGAGCGGCAGAACCACGCGCGGGAGCUGGUGAGGGAGGCCGACCUGUCCGAGUGGGACGCCCUCGUCAUCAUGUCCGGAGACGGCCUGCUGUUUGAGGUGAUCAACGGACUGAUGGACAGGGAGGACUGGGAGGAGGCCAUCCAGACCCCGCUGGGGAUCCUUCCAGGCGGCUCCGGGAACGCCCUGGCUGCCUCCAUCCACCACUACGCAGGGUCCCAGCCGGUGGCGAGCGAGGAGCUGCUGGUGAGCUGCGGCUUCCUGCUGUGCAAGGGCCUGGUGGCGCGGCUCGACCUCACGUCCGUGUGCCUGGGCUCCGGCGGCCCGCAGCAGCAGCGCCUCUUCUCCUUCCUGUCGCUGGCCUGGGGCUUCGUGGCCGACGGAAUCGAGAGCGAGAAGUAUCGGCACGUGGGCGCCGCCCGCUUCACCGUGGGCACCCUGGUGCGCCUGGCGUCCCUGCGGGUCUACCAGGGCAAGCUGGCCUACUUGCCCGCGGAGUCCCGGGGGGACCUCGCCCCGGCGUCCACCCCCCGCGGGCCCCCGGACUCCCUCUUAGUGCCCCUGGACCAGCCGCUGCCUAGCGAUUGGACGGUGGUUCCCGAGGAGGACUUUUGUGCUGGUGCUAGCCAUGUACCAGUCCCACCUGGCAGAGACCUGCACGCCGCGCCCAACUCCACCAUGGAGGACGGCCUCAUCCACCUUUACAUCAAGGCGGGCAUCUCGCGUGCCACCCUGCUCCGCCUCUUGGCCAUGGAGAAGGGGGCCCACCUGGCCACCAACUGCCCGCACCUCGUGUACGCCAAGGUGCGGGCGCUCAGGCUGGAGCCCUACUCGGCCAAAGGGACGAUCACGGUGGACGGGGAGCUGGUGGACUACGGGCCGGUGCAGGCCCAGAUCCACGGCGGUCUGGCUCGGCUCAUAGCCAGCUAGAACACAAACACACACACAGCAGAGACCAUCACAGCCUUCAACCACCCAACGGCUAGGACUGCUCGAGUUUACAAAAUAAAACACUUUACUCCUGCUGCUUUAAGGAAAGUGCAAUGUGGUGUAGACCUGUGUCAAAUGCAUAUCCAAUGACGGGGACGG